AAGUCGGAAGAGAGCGGGUUUGAGAACAAAUUCGGCAGAUUCCGGAAAUUAGAGUUUAAUGGUUUCUCCUUGGAGAUUCUGAUGCCAAGCGGUGCAGACCCCUUGUUUGACAACUCUUGGCAGCACAAUGCUAAGCCGGCUGAAAGCAAAAUCAGAGGGGAAGCUUGCGAAACAGAUUUGCAAAGUUGUGUUGGAUCAUUUUGAAAAACAGUAUUCCAAAGAACUUGGAGAUGCCUGGAAUACAAUAAGGGAUAUACUAACAUCUCCAUCAUGCUGGCAAUAUGCUGUCCUAUUUAACCGAUUCAAUUAUCCUUUUGAACUGGAAAAGGAUUUGCAUUUGAAGGGCUACCACAGGCUCUUUCAAGGAUCUUUACCCUAUUAUCCUGAAUCAAUGAAGUGUUACCUUAACAGAAGUCCUAACCAGUUGCCUUCAGAAAGGCACCAAAUUGGAAAUCUGAAAAAAUACUAUCUCCUAAAUGCUGCCUCUCUCCUCCCAGUUCUGGCUCUGGAAGUAAAGGAUGGGGAGAAGGUUCUGGAUCUGUGUGCUGCUCCUGGAGGCAAAUCCGUAGCUCUGUUGCAGUGUGCUUAUCCAGGUUAUCUUCAGUGUAAUGAAUAUGAUAGUCUGAGAUCAAGGUGGCUGAGACAGACGCUAGAAUCUUUCAUCCCACAGCCUUUGGUAAAUGUAAUUAAAGUGUCUGAAUUGGAUGGCAGAGAAAUGGGAGAUGCCCAGCCUGAAACGUUUGACAAGGUGCUAGUUGAUGCUCCAUGUUCAAAUGACCGAAGUUGGUUGUUCUCUUCUGAUUCUCAGAAAGCAGCCUGUAGGAUAAGCCAAAGAGGGAAGUUGCCUUUUCUACAGCGAGAACUCUUAAGGUCUGCAAUUAAGGCCUUACGUCCUGGAGGGUUGCUUGUGUACUCUACAUGCACGCUUUCUAAGGCAGAAAAUCAAAAUGUCAUCAGUGAAAUUUUAAACUCCUACAGUAACAUGAUGCCUGUGGACAUUAAGGGAAUGGCAAGGACUUGCUCCCAAGACUUCACGUUUGUGCCCACUGGUCAGGAAUGGGAACUCUUAGUGAUUCCAGAUAAGGGCAAAGCCUGGGGCCCAAUGUAUGUAGCUAAAUUGAAAAAAUCAUGAACCACAUAAAAUUAGCAUCAUGUGUAUUUGUAAAUCAUGUUAAUGCAUUAUAUUUAUUUUUAGGGGUUCUUCACCAUGUUAAUAUUUAAAUAAUUAUGCAGUCUUUUUCCAUGGGUCUGUUUGGAAUCCUGUUUAGUUAGUGCUUUAACAUCUCAGAAUCUAGGCUUGAGAACUUUUCAGGUAUUUUUUUUUCCUAGAAACAUAUCUGUAGCAAUUAUUUAAUGUGGUACAGAUGGUGUUUGUUCUGUACAAUUAAUCUGCUGUCUUUUACUUGAUAUUUUGCAGUUAAAUUAAUCAGAAUACACAGCUUUUGUGCAUAAAAUGUUUAGAAAUGUAUUUUGUCUAUCACUGUUGGUGCACUGAACCUUUUAAAAUGCCCAUUUGCCAGCUCUCUUAUCAUUGUUGUCAUCAAAUAAACAGAAUCUUACAGGGCUCCCCCUCUCCCCUUUUUUUUGUUAGAACUAAUUGAUAUUCUGAGACUAACUUCUUAAACAGCACUAUUUCUAGUCUAGCAAAAUGGGUUUCAUAUUUGCCCAGUUGUUUUCCUUCAAGGACUGUCUUCUGUUUACUGCAAAGGUCAGUGACUCUAUUGACACCAGCUUUAUUCCUCCCCCUUUUUCUUGCAUUCACAAAUACAAAUUGAAAGGGUAAAUUGUGUUGAAAGGCCAUUAGAACUGCAGAUUCACAUGCACAUGUUUGACUUUCGACAUUCAGCUUGUAGAAUAAUGGAGUCUAUCCAGCAGGCUUUAAAGCAAGUACUUGAAACAAACCCAGAAUGAUUAAUAACUGCAAUAACUGAACUAUAUUUGGAGAGUUUUGUUACAUAAUUGCAGUCAUAAUGAGCAGUACAGAAUCUGAUUAUCUUACAGUUGCAAUCUGGAGGGGCCUUUUAUUUCACUGCAUAAGGAAAUGUUAUAUGAGAGUAUGAUGUCACAUAUUAAUGCACAAGUGGGAGAUGCCUAAUGAGAGUGGAUUGUAGUAUUACCAAAACCCAGUAGCUUUUUAAUACCAUUUACUAAGUGCCUCUCUCUGUUUACUUAUAUUCCAGGAGUGUUGUAUACCUUUCUGCACAUGUACUUUGGGUUUUAGCUUCAGGUUUGGAUCAUGUGUUUUCCCCCAAAAUUUGCUUCCCUUAGAAUCCAAACAUAUUUUACCAACUAUUAAGAAAAAUUAUGCCACAUUUUUCAAAAGCUUAUAUCUAUUUGGA